AUGGCCCUGAUAGAAGGCCCUGUCCCGGCCAUGGCUUUUCCCUGCGAGGUAUGCGAUCUUCAGCGCAAAGACGUGAACUUUGAUCUAAUCAAGGUUGAGGGCAAAGUUGGUGGCAAGUUGGAGGACACCUGUUUGAUUCAGGGCAUCGUUGUGGACAAGGACUUCAGUCACCCACAGAUGCCCAAGUCUGUGAAGGAUGCCAAAAUGGCAAUUUUGACUUGCCCCUUUGAGCCGCCAAAGCCCAAGACCAAGCACAAGCUGGACAUCCGAUCCGGUGAGGACUACAAGAAGCUCUAUGAGCACGAGCAGAAGUACUUCAGAGACCAGAUCAAGCUCAUUCAGGACUCGGGGGCAAAUCUGGUGAUUUGCCAAUGGGGCUUCGAUGAUGAGGCGAACCACUUGCUCUUUCAGAACAAGUUGCCAGCUGUGAGGUGGGUUGGUGGAGUAGAGCUUGAGCUCAUUGCCAUCGCCACAGGUGGCAGGAUCGUUCCUCGCUUCGAAGAACUGACUGCUGAUAAGCUCGGGAAGGCCGGGCUUGUCCGCGAAGUGACUUUCGGCACGAUGAAGGAGCAAAUGCUCAUCAUCGAGGAGUGCGGGAGCUCCAAAGCUGUGACCGUCCUAGUGCGCGGUGGAAACCAGAUGGUGGUCGAUGAAGCCAAACGCUGCUUGCACGAUGCCAACUGCUGCGUCAGGAAUCUCAUUCGAGACCCUCGAGUGGUUCCUGGUGGAGGUGCCAGUGAAAUGGCCGCAUCUCUGGCGGUCCUAUCCGCUGCGGACAAGGAGCAGACCAUGGACCAGUACAGCAUGAAGGCCUUCGCCAGUGCGCUGGACGUAGUUCCCAUGGCCCUAGCCGAGAACAGCGGCCUGCAGGGCAUCGCAGAGAUGGCCAAAGUGAAGGCCGUGCAAGAGAACACCGGCAAUGCUUGGCAUGGUGUUGACUGCAUGCAAACUGGGACCACGGACAUGUGGGAGCAGAACGUGUACGAGGCCUGUGCAUCCAAGAGCAGCCAGUUGCGCCUAGCUACGCAGGUCGUGAAGAUGAUCCUGAAGAUCGAUGAUGUCAUCACCAGUGGUGAUGUCAUUGAUGAGUGA